GCUAAAUUGCACAUCCACGGACCAAUGAGUUUAAGGACACUGCACAUGCGCCGGACGGUUAUGCGUAUUACGUCACACGUCUUUACGUCAUUGUCAACAAACAACUUUGAAUUGAGACAUUUAAAUCCUCCGCUGUCAGGCGAGUCCACUUGGAACCGAGAAGGGAUCAACGUGUCGGGGUCGCCGAGCUAUGCAGCAUGUCUCCAAAAGGAACCCGAACGCAAAUUAUUUCUUUGAAGGAAGCUCCACCGUGAAAGCCGGUAAAGAAGCAUCUGGUCACAACUUUGCCGAGACGCUGCCGAUGGAAAUGAGUAUGAACAUUUUUAGCCAACUGGACAUCCAGAGCCUUUGCAGCGCUACAGUCACCUGCAAAUUGUGGAACGACAUUAUCGAAAAAAACGAUUAUCUGUGGAGGAAUCACUGCCUGACCGUGCGAGCUGUCUGUCAGAAAGAGAUUGACAGUGACCGCGGAGACGGCUUCUCUUGGAAGGUAACCCUAGUGCGUAAUUAUCGGAAAGGUUACGUGAAGAGGGCGUGGCUAAGCGGCAGGUUUAGCGUCAUUCGCUCUGCAGAAGAAAUACCGAACAUGAGCAUGUGCCCGCUGGAUGCAGAAACUUGGGGUGAAAUCUUGGAAGCGGAGCUGGAGCGAUAAUGUAAAUGCUGCUGUGGAAGCACAAAGAAUAUUCUGAUAAAAUUCACUUAAUAUUUUAAUUUUAUUUUAAUUGUAUUUAUUUUGUAAUUUUAUAUCUUUUAAUUUUAAAUUUUUUUAUAUUUUAAAUGUUUAAAUGAGAUAAUGCAACUGCACAAGUGGAAAUUGUGUACAUUUACACUAAAGUGUACAUUUUGAAAACUGGUAAACUUUGCAGUUAUCCCAGUGAUUAAACUGGAUUAAUCAUGUA